AGUACAAACUGCCACUUCACCGAUGAAAAGGGAAAAAAAAUCUCGUCAAUCGGAUGGCCAAAAUCAAAAGCCAUAUAAAAGCCGCUUGGAAGAAGAGACGUAAUCGAAACUAGAAAUGGCUUCCAGGACUCUUGCGCAUUUCUCUGCGUUCAUAACAGAGCCAUUGAGACCUCUACACCACCAAAAUCGAGUCCUCUAUUCGCUUCCGCCGAGAACUGCUGCCGCCCCUGGAUUUUCUAGCGGGAAAUCGAUCCGUGGAUUUUGUAGAAGCAUCAGUAGGGCUCACGAUUUCCACUUCGCGGGACCAAGCCACCUUAAUUGCUCUGCUUCUGCUGGUGAUAACAACUCCUCAGCUUCCGAGGAUGAGCAGGACCAAGGGCCGGCCCAAGAAGCCGUUCUCAAAGCUAUUUCUGAGGUGUCUAAGACCGAAGGGAGGGUUGGGCAGACCACAAAUGUGGUCAUUGGAGGUACAGUGACUGAUGAUUCUACCAACGAAUGGCUUGCUUUGGAUCAGAAGGUAAAUUCAUACCCAACAGUGAGAGGGUUUACAGCGAUUGGAACUGGAGGUGAUGAUUUUGUGCAAGCUAUGGUUGUUGCUGUUGAAUCUGUAAUUCAGCAACCAAUUCCUAAGGGUCAUGUGAAGCAGAAAGUAUCAUCAAGGGGCAAGUAUGUAUCUGUCAACAUUGGUCCAGUUCAAGUUGUUUCCAGUGAACAGGUCCAAGCUGUAUACAAUGCCAUGAGGAGAGAUGAUCGGAUGAAGUACUUUUUGUAGUAUGAAAUUUCUUUUUGUUAUGUAUAGAGUACUAAUCAUGUGGGGCCUUACAGUUGCCUCUUUCGCAAAAUUUUCUUUACCGUCUUCCUUCUUGUUCUUUGAUUAACCCAUCUGUUCCUGGUGAAGAAAUCAUGAUUCAAUAUGAUCUGUUCCAUACCUGCAGAAGAUGUAUGUUAUAGUGAUUAUUUUAGUGGAAACUAGGAUGCAAAUUUAUCUA